UUUGAUGUCGAGAGGCGCGAGACCGACACGAGGAUAGAGAUCUGCUGCGCCGCAAAACCGGGGCUGCUGUUGUCGACUGUGAACACGUUGGAGGCGUUCGGCCUCGACAUCCAGCAUUGUGUUGUCAGCUGCUUCAAUGACUUUGGGUUGCAGGCUUCUUGCUCUGAGAACAUGGAGCAGAGAACAGUGAUGAACUCUGAAGAUAUAAAGCAGGCUUUGUUCAGGAAUGCAGGCUAUGGAGGAAAAUGUAUGUAAGAAGAAGAUGAUGGGAGGUGAGAUUUGUUGGAGGAGAAUAACUGUGAGCAGUGCUUGGCUGGGUUUUCUUCAUAAUUACUGUAUUAAGUUAAUUAAUUGGGUUUUAAAGGGAGGGAAGAGGUGAUUAAUGUGUUAAUUACUUUUGCUGAUCAAUUAUUGAUUACCUUUUUUUGAUCUAUGUGUUGGCAUUCUGGGACUCUUCUAUGUCUGUAUUACCUGUUCAUCAAUUUUUUAAUAUG